CAUACAGUCGGCCUACGAUGUGUUUCAUAAAGGACGGUUCGGUAUAAGCUAGUUAUGCGUUUAACCGCGGGGUUGUAUUUUCCAUGCGCCGCUCCAUGAUACUUGGCCGUUAUUCUCUCAGCCCAUGAGAUGUUAACAAUGGAGCCGACUGGUUGAAUAAACAGCCUCCCAUCUUACUGAAUCCGCUCGUUUGGCAUUCCGAAUUGGCUGAGGGAACAUUGCCCCCUAGUGGUUGAAACUGAGCAGCAUAAUAGUUAAAUUAGGGGGACACGCAAACUGUGUCUACUUUUAUCCUAGAAUAGAAUCUGUGUUAGGGUUAGGGUUGAAUCAUUGUGUAUCUGUGCGUCUUUGAGUGUAUGUGAUUAUCCAUUCUGAACAUGCAUGCUUAACAAACUAGUUUGUUGUUGUAUAAGUCUGUUGUAUCCUCUAGUUAUUUAGCGUGUGUGAGGAGGACCCGAGUGUACAUAUAGCACAGGCAUUGGUGUGGGGUUCCUAAAGAAACAGUAUGUGCUACAGACUGCCCAUGCCUUGGCUCUGGCUCCUGAUAGACUUAUGCAACCACAUGCAUCCCAUAAACAUGUCUCUGCGCCUGGCUCUGUCUCCACAGGCGAACACGGCGCCAGGACAUCCGGAACGGGGACCCCCUCUCUCAGUGCUCGGACCUCCAGCAUCAAGACGAGGCGGGCGGCCUGGGCGUGGUGGAGGAGCGCAUUGUGUACGGCGUGGAGAACAGCAGCAUGUUCCUGGAGUGCAGCUCCAAGUCCCAGAGGGCCCUCAUCUACUGGCAGCUGCAGCGGCCCAAUGAGGAGCGCAAGCUGGAGAUGAAGCUGGACGAGCGCGUCCUGCGUACGGCCCAGGGCCUUCUGAUCCGCAGCCUGGCCCAGGCGGACGCGGGCGUGUACCACUGCCACGCCGUGGAGCACGGCUUCGUCCAGCCCCUGCUGCGGCUCACGCUGCAGGUCAUCCCCACGCAGCGGCUGGGCGACAUCCUGCCGGCCGCCGCGGCCCCGGGGGGCGGCGCGGCGGGGGCCGGGGGCCCGUCGGGGGGCUCCAAGCACCGGGUGUGGUACCGGGACUUCCUGUCCCUGCUGGACCACCCGGACCUCAGCAGCGUGGAGGAGUUCUGCGACCGCGUGUGGAAGAAGGAGCGCAAGCAGAAGAGGUUCAAGGCGCCGGCCGGCGACGCCCAGGGGCCCGUGGUCGUCGCCGUGGGGACCGCCGCCGCCGGGCCGAGACCCAAGGCCCCGGGGCCCAACGGCCAGAAGCGGCAGGGCACCCCAGUGCAGAGCGGCCCCCGACUGGGGGGCCGGGGCCAGGCGGCGGAGGGGGCGGCGCCGCCCGUCCAGAGCGCCCAGACGGGCGUCCCCAGCCCCACGGGGGCCGCGACCAGCGGGCAGGGGCCCAAGAGCAGCCAGAGGGGCCAGAACACUCAGACCCAGAACAAGGGGUCCCAGGCCGCUGGGGGCCCCCGGGCCGGGCCCCAGCACUCGGCCAAGUGGAGACGGAUGCAGGAGAACAAGAAGGGACGCAACAGGAGAACGCACGAGCUGCAGAGGCCCCCGCGCAGCGUCUGAGAGCACACACACACACACACACACACACGUACAGACGCGCACAGACACACACACACACGUACAGACGCGCACAGACACACACACGCACACACACGUACAGACGUACACAGACACACACACACAGACCGACACACAAAAUAUUAAACUCAUACACACACAAACACACAUAUACACACACACAUUAACUCAUACUCGCACAGACAGACUCACAAACUCAGACGCACAUUUAGAUACAAACAGCCUCUCAAUAACAAUACAACACUUCCCCAAUUCUCACACAGAUGCACAUACAGACAACAACCAUUCAGCAAGUUCCCCGCGUGUGCACUCGGAUCUGACCUACAAAAGGAAUCCCAUGUCAUCACACGUACACACACAUAAAGAGAGCCACACACAUGCGCACACAUGCAAACACACGGUCCCUGUGCAAUGAAUACUGAAGCGACGCAGGACUGAAAACAAAAGGGAGCAGGGACUGGAGAGCUCGUGAUACUGCCCAGGACCCGGCCUCUGUGUCCUGGGGGAGAACUCUGUCCAUAAGCUACUCUACUGGGACUACAGUGGAGCCAACGUUCCUGCCGGAGUGUUUUAUAGAGGAUAUGAUGAAGACACCCAAGCUCUGAGCGCUGGGAGGUGAAGUGUGGAGAAGGCCUUAAACGAGGAGUGGCUGUAUGUGUGUGUCAGUGUGUGUAAGUGUGUGUGUGUGUGUGUGUGUCCUCUCACUGGAACCAGCUCUCUUUGAACCUGAGCAAAUGAAUCAGAAGAUUGGCUGCUGUGAGAAGACUAGGCCGACAAAAAGCACACACACAAAGGCACAAAGAAACACACACACACACACACACACACAUACACACACACACACACACACACACACACACACACACACACACACACACACAUUCACACACAAGCACAUGGAUCUGAAUGAACUGUCUAUGCGGGAGGAAGAAACUGGUAUUUUCAAAUUCUUUUCGGAUGUGUUUGGGCAACAACAGCAGAUCCUCAAAGAGGAUACCGUGAACUGGGGUCCCGUUGUGAAUCUGAUUGGUCAGGAGCAUUCUAACGGUUGGGGGCGUGUUCAUAAGGAGCUUUGGCUUGAGGUCAAAGGUCUAAAGAGGCUAAAGAGAAACAGAGUCUGGUUUAUUUUGAGGGGGCAGCGAUACGCACCAGUGACUCUCUGGGUGUUCUGGGAAUGCCGGGACAGCACAUCGGAAGCACGGCGCUCCCAAAGCUGGAAUAGCAACGUGCAUGUUGUCGUCGAUCAAUGUUUCCAAUAAGCUAGUCUCCUCUGACUCUUAUUUUACCAAGUCAUUACGUUUAUUUUAUCCUUUUUUUUUGUAUGUCCUUUAUUAUAUAUAUGAAUAUAAAAUUGUUACAUAUUUUAAAUUGUUUCAUAUUUCAUUUCCAAACAAUUGCAGCCAUUUUGUACGAGCCGCGUCGUAAAACACAAUUCGCCACAUCUCUCUCUCUUUCUCUCCUGUUCCCAAGGACUGUUAAAAGUGUUAAGUUAUUUUUGAUAAGUUCUUUUUUUUUUUCUUGGGAUUGAAAAAAAAAAGCUGUGGAUGGUUAAGUUUAUGCUGAAGCUAAGUCAGAUAUAGACUUGUGUACAUAUAUACAACAAGCCUAACUCUUUGUGUAUGUACAUAUAUAUACAGUGCAAGGACAUCACUUGUCUAUUAUUUAUUGCCGAUGGUUUUUGUGAAACGGUUACAUUUAUUUUUGAUAUUACGGUCAUUUUUUUGGGGCUCAUCCACAUUGGAGAAAGAAACAGUGACUCAAACGAGGGAAUCGACAAGGGACACCCCUCCCCCCUCCCCCAACAAGACGACACGAACGUAGGGGACAUUGAAACACGAGCACCGGGUAUAAAACAUUCGAACACAUCUCUGCUUCUGGACUGUGACCCCCCCCCCCCGAAAGAACGUAAAAGCACAACAUUUAAGAUUUUGUUCCAUAUUCCGUUUGUUGGUUAGUUUGUUUUUGUUUUUGUUUGCCUUAAAGCGAAUGUGAGGUUGACGUCGCACCUUGUUGACCUCUGUGGUGAGCGCGCCGUGUUUAGAGGUCGCUGCCCAUGUUUAGAGGUCGCUGCCCCAUGUUUAGAGGUCGCUGCCCCUGUUGGUCUCAUAAGAUGGCCGCCGGGAGUGAUGUCACUUCACAUUCCUUGUUUAGUUCCUUAACUCACCCAAAUUCUAAUCACUCAGUCAUCAGCCAUUCUAUGUAAGAUAAUACAAAUUUAAAAAAAAAAGAAGAAAAAAAACCUUUAGCUGUGACUCUCUGUUUAAGAAAUAGUGCAGAAAAACGUUGAAACUAGUCUGAGGAGAAG